UUGCUGGGUAGGUGGAGCCGUGGAGGUGCGUUUGAUGAUUAGAGCAGAGCGUUGGGUGGUGUGAUGAUACCAUGAUGAGAAGGAGACAGGAGGAGGCCGCCGGCGUACAGCAGCAGGAGGAGGAAGAAGAAGAGAGCGUUGGGUGGUGUAGUGAUGAUACCAUGACGGGGAGGAGACAGGAGGAGGCCGCCGGCGUAGUACAACAGCAGGAAGAAGAAGAAGAAGAAGAAAAGAAAAAGUAUGAUCACUUUGUGAUGGUACAUGGGAUAGGAGGGGGAGGAUGGUGCUGGUACAAGGUGAGGUGCAUGCUGGAGAAGUCAGGGUGCAGGGUCUCCUGCGUGGACCUCAAAUCCUCCGGCAUCGAUCCUUCCCGCCCCGACUGCGUUCUCUCUUUUUCCGAUUACAACCAGCCCCUCCUCCACUUCAUCUCUGCUUUGCCCCAACACCAACAGGUAAUAUUGGUGGGGCACAGCGCCGGUGGUCUGAGCGUCACGGAGGCCACCUACAAGUUCCCGCACAAAAUCAGGUUAGCCGUGUACGUCGGAGCCACCAUGCUCCGUUCCGGUUUAUCCACACCUCAAGAUCUUACAGACGGGGCGCCUGAUUUAUCCGAACAUGGGGAUGUGUACGAAUUAGGAUAUGGACUGGGAGCUGAUCGACCCCCAACCAGUGCCAUUGUGAAGAAAGAAUUCCAUCGCAAACUCAUAUACGGCAUGAGCCCUCAGGAGGAUUUGACUUUGGCGGGGAUGCUGCUACGGCCAGGGCCGGUGCUGGCAAUACGGAGCGCUCGGUUUAGGACGUCCAAGGAGGAGGAGGAGGAGGAGGAGAAGGAGGAGGAGGAGGAGGCGGAGGUGGACACUGUGCCGCGAGUGUACAUAAAGACGAGUAAUGAUAUGGUGCUGAAACCGGAGCAGCAGGAUGCGAUGAUAAGGAGGUGGCCUCCAUCACGUGUGUAUGUGCUGGAAAGCGACCACAGCCCCUUUUUCUCCUCCCCCAACCAUCUUUCCCGCAUCCUUCUUCAAGCUGCUGCUGCUGCUGCUGCUGCUUCACUCUCAUGACCACCCACCCAAACACAGUUCCUGCCUCAAGGUUGAUCACCAUCACCCAUCUUUUUCAAGCAUUUCCAUUUCCUAGCAGUGCUUUCGCUUUGCGUAGCUCGUGUACUUCUCUCUCAGCAUCCUCAAACUCCUCCGUUGCCAUUGCUCUUGCCAGUACGGCAGUACUCUUCUUCAUCCCCAAUCGGAUAUAAACGCUGGUCCUGCGCGCUUCGCUGCCACGACAGCAUCAAUUGCCAAAAGCUUCGUAUCAUACUGCAAAAAAUAAAUUGAUAAUAAACAGCUCUCUCUCUCUCUCUCAUGUUCACCGCUUUCCUUGAAUAAGGGAUGUUUUAAUUUUGCUUUUGUUUGUUUUCUUAAUGUUAAAUAUGCGAUAAUUUGAUCUUAUUUUUAGUAAAUUUAUAAUUAAAAAAAUAGACACAUAAA